GGAUUAGUCCUGCACGUCUUGAACAAAUACGUAGAUGUUCAACGAUCGACCAUUUGGUUGGUAUGACGAUAGUUUAAUGUAUCAAUUAUUUCAAAAAAGGUUUCCUGUUAUGGAAGAAUUAUCACCUAUAGACGUUUUUCAAGGCAACUUCUAGAUAUCGGACUUAGAUUUGCCGAUUCUCAAAAUUGCCGACGCAACUUCUGACUUCAUUAGUCGGAUGAGAGCGAGCAACACCUCCAAGCAUAGCCAUCACAAUUGUGAAAUGAGCAAGAUCAGUUGGUGGCAAUUCAAUGUCAAGACAAGUGAGAGUUAGACCUCGAAGGGUAAAUAUUUCAAGCACAGAGCAAAAGCGUGUCAAACUUUCGCAAAAUUAAGCAUGCAAAGAAACAUUCAAUUCCUCUUCCGAAUGAGCCGAGGCCGGCCGAGGAAAUUGGAUAAUUUCGGAAUCUGGCUGAAGGCCAGCCUUUUUUAACAUCUACCCUGCCCAACACUGCGGAUCAGGGCUCCUUGCUUGUCUUUCAAUUCACUCACUUCGAUAGGUACAUGCCCCCCAGCUCCAGUCGAACCAGUCGAAGUCAAGGUAAACCCAUGGCACGAAACGAGGUCACUUUUUCAGUCCUCUGCUGUCAAUGGCUCACUCGAGAACUGAAGUCACUGCGGCAAGAAAUGGUGGUUGCAUUAGAAUUCGCCAGGAAAAAGAACGCGCUUCAAAGGUGCCCCAGAGAAGUUUGACUUGGAACAAAAAAAACCGUGGAGAGCAGGACACACAACCACUUGAAAUGCCCCGCCUAACAAUCAACCAGUCGCCCAAGGGCCCUCCUAUCUAGGAGGAAGACUAGGUGGUGGUCAUGGUCGUGGUGGUGGAGGAAGAGGGACAACAAAAGCAACAACAACAACAACAACAACAACAACAACAACAACAACCAAAGGAGGAGGAGAAAAAGAAGCAGACCUAGAGCCAAAAGGGGAGAGGAGAACCCCAGGUAGAUAGUCUGGGCUUAGAAUUAGUCCUGCAUAAAUGGGGCAUUUGGGUCCGAGCUCACACAACUUUUGGGUAGCUGUAGUUCCUUGUGUUGCGAGUUGCGAAGUGCUUGGCAGUCGCUCUCUUUUUCAUUGGCCAAAAGAAGUUUCAAAGUUUAGGAACAAUACGGACCAUCAAUCGAGGCGUGAACUGGAGUCUUCCACGGUGCGUUUGCAAUGUCAUCGCCACUCUUGAAACGAGUUCAAUGGGAGAGAAACCGACGACAGAUCCAGCGCUUGCGAAGAUCCACAUUCCUCUUGACUUUGGUUCAAAUCUUGCUCGCGUUUUACCAUUUGGCAUUGGCACUUGGGUCCCAAAGUUCUCCCAGCGAAUCCAAAAGGAACAUCAAUUCAAAGCACAAUAACAGUGCAAGUUUUCAUCACUUGACGUCAAAUGCAAGCGGACUCAUUCCUUCCAUAACCAAUGAUUUCCCCCCCUCAGCGGGUUCCAAUUCAUCGCGGGUUACAACGUCUGCUAACACCUUUUUCAGCAUUGGGCACCGAUACAACGCCACUGGGACAAAAUCAAUCAAAAACGAACCAAGAUGUCAAGACCGGUCAAAAGAAAACAUGGUAUGGAUGAGUUUGAAGAGUGUGCCCAUUUCUGUGAGCAUUGGAGGAUGGUUCUUCGUGUGCCAACUUUUGCCUCUCAUCUUGGCCUUAUUUAGCCUUUUUAAUCUGAGCCAAAGAUGUCACCUCCUUAUUCCGGUCCUCUUCCUCCAACCCAUCAAUCUCAUGGUUUUCAUUCUCGUGUCUGUCCUUUCCUAUCAAGUGGCCUUCCAGGAUUCUCAAAGGGAAGAGGAAGAAGAAGAAGAAGAAAGAGGAGGAGGAGGAGAAGGAGGAGCAGGACGAAUGUGGUUGACGGUUGGCGCUCUUAUCAUAUUCAUCACCACCCUGAAUCUCCUAUCAUGGUGGUCCUAUCUGAAGCUCUAUCUGAAUGUAUCAAGUCUGUGGCCAAAUAUAUCGGCGCCCCAACCAUUGAUCCAUAUCUCUGGCCUUCAGUGUCAUGCGAUUCGUCAUUCUCCAAGUUCUGGCAAUCGCUCAUCCUCCACGGGUGAGGAUGGGAGCAAUGUGAUUCUUAUGCCACACCAACCAUCGCCUCCACCCACCAAGUACCAAUUACACCGACAGAGAACCAAUGCCACUACAGCCGCUCCUCCCAUCAAGGAUAAUCAUAAGGACAUGAAACGAACCACCAUGUCUCACUCAGACAUCCAUCUAGCUAAUUAAAGAUGCAUUUUGGGCACGAAUAUCCUAAUACUAUCGACGUCUGGCACCGCGUUCCUCCAACUACUAUUCGUUCUAUGUAUAUCUUACCUUCAAAGCAAACCAAACCUUUUUAAUAAAUAUGAUAUAAUUGCUUUCAGCUUGAA